AUGGGUAUAAGGGACUGUCUUGAUGAAUGGAAACCAGUGCUUGUAAUGCUCCUUGUCGAUUUUGUUUUGGCUAUUGUUAACCUACUUUUUAAGAAAGCCCUUAAUGAAGGAAUGAACCGGUUGGUGCUCAUCACUUACAGGCAAGGAAUAUCUGCACUAUUCUUGGCCCCCAUUGCCUAUUUCUGGGAAAGGAAAAGUUGGGAGAAUCUCACAGUUGGUCUUGUAUGUGGUUUAUUCUUCAGUGGAUUAAUAGGAGCCUCACUAACUCCAUAUUUCGUUAUCACUGGAAUUGCAUACACAUCAGCAACAUAUUCCUGCGCCUUCAUUAAUGUUGUUCCUGUUGUCACUUUUAUCUUAGCAAUUUUAUUUCGGCAGGAAAAACUGAACUUGAGGUAUAGAAGUGGAAGAAGUAAGCUGUUAGGCACAAUAAUCUGUUUAGGGGGAACCUUAGUACUGGUUCUUUACAAAGGGGUGCCAGUGAUCAAUGCAACUAAAACCGUUGCACUUCAGAAGGAAAAGCACGAUGCGCAUAAUCAGGCUAUUGGGUCCAUGUUUCUGUUUGCUGGCAAUCUCACUUGGGCUUCAUGGUUUAUUGUACAAGCACAGAUUGGAAAAUACUACCCUUUUCAAUAUACUAGCACGACUAUAAUGUGCUUUUUUGGUGCCAUCCUAUCAGCCAUUCUAUCUGUUAUGCUUGACAGGAACAUGUCUUCCUGGCUUCUCAAAGGAAGAUUACAGAUAAUUACUGUCAUAUAUUCUGGAUUAGUGGGAACAGGUCUUGUUUAUGGAGCCUUUUCAUGGUGUGUAAAGAAAAGAGGGCCUGUUUUCACCUCUGCAUUUGGCCCCUUCGUCCAAGUCUUGGUUGCCAUCUUGGAGGUUUCCUUUCUUCAUCAACAGAUAACCUUAGGAAGCAUUCUAGGAUCCCUUGUAGUUGUUGUUGGGAUGUAUAUGCUUCUAUGGGGAAAAAGCAAAGAAGUAGACCUUCAGAAGAGUACUGAAGCAGAUGGAAGAAAGGAUAAUGGAGAUUGCAACAUCACAUUACCAGUAACUAAACCUGCAGCCAUUGUCAGCUCAACAAAUACUAGUACUACAUAA